AUGUCUAGUGUUAAAAAGAAAACCGACCCUUUCAAGUCCUUUGUUGCUGGUGGAGUGGCUGGUGCCGUGGAAGGAGUCAUCACCUAUCCUUUCGAAUUUGCAAAAACCCGGCUUCAGUUGGUUGAUAAAUCGUCCAAAGCUUCAAGAAAUCCAUUAGUAUUAAUCUAUAACAUCUCCAAAACCCAGGGAGUGAGCUCUUUAUAUGUGGGAUGUCCUGCGUUUGUGGUGGGGAACACUGUCAAGGCGUCAAUCCGGUUCUUGGGAUUUGACUCGAUCAAGGCCUUAUUGGCCGAUAAAGAUGGGAAAUUAUCCGGUCCCAGGGGUGUUUUGGCAGGUUUGGGAGCUGGUUUAUUGGAGUCUGUGGUAGCUGUGACACCUUUUGAGGCCAUCAAAACCGCAUUGAUCGAUGACAAACAAACCAAGUCUCCAAAGUAUCAGAAUGGCUUGAUUUCUGGUAGUGUCAAAUUAUGUAGAGAUAUGGGAUUUAAAGGUAUUUACGCUGGAGUGGUGCCGGUUUCUAUGAGACAAGCAGCCAACCAAGCCGUCAGAUUGGGCUCCUAUAAUUCCAUCAAAACCAUGAUUCAACAAGCUUCAAACACACCUGCAGAUGUUCCAUUGAACUCAGCUGCUACAUUUGCAGUGGGUUCGAUCGCUGGAACCGUCACUGUUUAUACCACAAUGCCCAUUGAUACGGUCAAAACAAGAAUGCAAGCGUUGGGUGCCGAUAAAUUGUACUCAUCUACGUUAAACUGUUUUGUCAGGAUCUUUAGAGAAGAAGGUUUAUCGACAUUUUGGAAAGGUGCUACCCCCAGAUUAGGUAGAUUGGUGUUGAGUGGGGGAAUUGUAUUCACCAUUUAUGAAAAGAUGUUGGUGGUAUUGAAUUAG